UUUAUAGGUAGGUAGGAUAAAUGAAAUGAAAUACAUAAUGAUGUUGAUUUUCAGUAUGCAAUUCUAAAAGAUUUAAUUAAAUUUAAUAAUAAAUAAGUGUUAAAAUGUAAUAAAGCGUAUACUGAAUAUAAGCCCACAAGAUUAGUCAUAACCAUUCCAGCAGCAUUUAUGUAGUUUUAUAGAAAUUAUGUAUGUUAAUAAUAGAAUAGCUGUGUUGAAGAUAUGCCUUCUUUUUUUAUCUUUUAUUUUUGAUAUUACUGCAAAUCCGUGCGAAUUUAACGUAAAAGUAGAACAAGGUAUUCACAACGAAGGCUUUCACAGAAAUAUAACAUAUAGGAUACUGUUCAACACUGAAGAGGAUGAAGAAAGAUGGUUAUACAGAGACUGUAUAGUGGGACUGGAGCAGACCCUGCCGCCCGGAGUGUACACCAACCCUGACGAGUUGGGAGACUUGAGACGAACCAAUAGACUAAAUGCGAUACCAAAGAAUCCCAUAAAUAUAGAACUACCGGCCGAACAAUCCGACCCGAGUACUGUUUAUGUGAUGGAUAACAUCAGGCAUAAUGAAGCAUAUUUGUGGUUGCCAGUGCAUGCUAGAUAUCAUCAGGCAGUGUCUGGUGGAAGCACAGCAAGAAAUGAAAUAGAGGCACCAAAAUUGUACCUGCGCUGUCCCGACCAGCGUCUAGAGCUAUGCAACAAGGCAGUCGUCCCAUCUAUAAGCCUCCUAUGCAAUGGCAGCUCUAAAGAGAAGUGCAGCUGGAAAGUGAUACCGUACACUAUGAUGACAGACACAUUGAUAUGGGAUGUUCCUGUGGGGAAUACGGACCACUACUACAUAGUGGCGGUGGGCACCAGCGUCGUCAUAGUGGUGGGCUCCAUGUACCUGCUCAAGACCAUACACGAGUACAAAGUUGGGCUACGAAAGAAGACACUGUGAUUUUUAUGAGAAUUGUCGAUGAUCCCAGACUCACAAGCGGUAUCGAUCCCUUGAAUCUUAGGAGAGAUUUUGCCUCACUCUGCGUGUUCUACCGCCUGUACAAUGGGUUGUGCUCAGAGGAAUUGUUAAAUAUGAUGCCCACAGCCACUUUCUACCAUCGUACGGCUCGUGGUAUAAAAAAAAUUCUAUAUUGCACUAAAACAUACAGUAACAACAAGAAGUUAAUAACAAUGUUAGCAAAGGCAAACUUUUUUUUUAUACCACAGGUGGCAAACAAGCAUACGGCUCACCUGAUGGUGAGUGGUUACCGUAGCCUAUGAACACCUGCAAUACCAGAGGUAUUACGUGUGUGUUGCCGACCCUGAAGAAACCUCUUUACCCCCCUUUUGAAGAACCCCAUGCUGUAGUCUCUUAGGAAAACCUCGGCAAGGAACUCAUUCCACAACCUGAGUGUUCGUGGGAGGUAACAUCUCUGAAACCGCGCAGUACGCAACCACUGAGACUGUAGGACAUGAGGAUGAACUCCCUGUCGAUGGCGAGCCGUACGAUGGUAGAAAGUGGCUGUGGGCAUCAUAUUGAACAAUUCCUCUGAGCACAAUCCAUUGUAUCAUACUUAUCUCUAAAAGAGACUUCUUUCAGUCAAUCUAACACAGAGUUACUUGAAAUUAAAAAAAAAAAUAUUCGAUAUCCUCCAUGGUGCAAUACUUGCAUUGCUUUGCAUAUGAGGUUGUAUAUUCAAUUCUCAAUUGAAUCAAUUUGGGAAAGGAAAUUUUUUGAGUUGCCUCAAAUUUGGAUGUUCUGGGUUGUAAUGUGAAAGUAAAUGUCCAGGAAUAAUCCACGUUUAUUUAUUUAUUUUAUUUAUUCUUUAUUGACCACAAUACAGAAAAAAGUCUGGUACAAAAGACGGACUUAAUACUCACCAGAGGUAGACUUUGUACAAAAGUCGAUUGCUUUUGUUCCAUUCCUUUGUUCCAUUCGUGUUUCUACCGUGAAGCAGUUGUGUUUGCAUGGCUGUGUUUCGGUUUGAAGGGUGGAAUAUGG